AUGGAGAUGCAGCAAUACACUUACUUAGGGUGCUUUGAGUGUUGCAUUAAAUGCCUGGGAGGUAUUCCCUAUGCAUCUUUGAUUGCUACCAUCCUGCUGUAUGCUGGUGUUGCACUGUUCUGUGGUUGUGGACAUGAAGCACUUUCAGGAACUGUCAACAUUCUGCAAACCUACUUCGAGAUGACAAGAGCUGCAGGAGAUGUUAUUGAUGUCUUUACUAUGAUUGACAUCUUCAAGUAUGUGAUAUAUGGUGUAGCAGCUGCAUUCUUUGUAUAUGGCAUUUUGCUGAUGGUGGAGGGAUUCUUUACAACUGGUGCCAUCAAAGAUCUCUAUGGAGAUUUCAAAAUCACCACUUGUGGCAGAUGUGUCAGUGCCUGGUUUAUUAUGCUGACAUACAUCUUUAUGUUGGCUUGGCUUGGAGUUACAGCCUUCACUUCUCUGCCUGUUUACAUGUACUUCAAUCUGUGGACCAUUUGCCGAAAUGCCACCUUAGUGGAUGGAACUAAUCUCUGCUUGGAUCUUCGUCAGUAUGGUAUUGUAACAAUUGGAGAGGAAAAGAAGGUUUGUACCACAUCAGAAAGUUUCAUCAAGAUGUGCGACUCGAAUGAGCUAAACAUGACAUUCCACUUGUUCAUUGUGGCACUCGCUGGAGCAGGAGCAGCAGUCAUUGCUAUGGUCCAUUAUCUCAUGGUCUUGUCUGCCAACUGGGCCUAUGUGAAAGAUGCCUGCAGAAUGCAAAAAUAUGAGGAUAUUAAGUCAAAGGAGGAGCAAGAGCUUCAUGACAUUCAUUCCACUCGCUCUAAAGAGCGGCUCAACGCUUACACAUAAAAGAAACCUUGUUUUACUUUCUAACACGUGAAUGCUUUGUCAUUUAACUCAAGGCCAUCCAACCAUUUCAAAAACAAUUGAAAGUGCUUCUCACAAAAGAUAGUUUGGGUGACUUACAUAUCACCCAUGUGCAAUUCUUGGUUGUCUAGCACUUGGUUUCUAAAUUAGUUUUUACUUUUUGUGAUCGUUCUCCACCACAGAGCUCCUAUAUAGCCUCUCCUGAAUCCUAUUCAGCUAAUUAGUUCCGCUAGAUGAAAGAUACUAAACUAUUGUCAAAUACAAAUGUGUUUGCUUUUUUUAAUCACUUUGUAUGUGUUAUGCAUAACACCUUUUGCAUUGUUUCUUAUAUGUUUUUGAAAAAAAGGUAGCUUUUUAUACUUUUUAGUUUUGAGUUCAAUAACUACUUUAACUACAGGUAUACUUCAAAGGGACCAUUGUACAUGAUGUACAAUAUAUAAAGAAAACACUGAUGACUUUCCUUUAUAUUUGGAAAUCUUGCCAGACGGACUCUCGUCAACUUGAACGAAGGUCCUGAGAACAUUUUAAACGAUCAAAGGUGCAAUUUCUAAAUUUGUAAUAGUGGGUAAAAAAAAAAAAAAGUGGGAAAAAAAAAAAAGAAAAAAGAAAAAAGAAAAAAAAAAGAAAAAAGUGCUUCUUAUCUUUGUUAACAUUGUAUUAUUAUUGAUGUUUUUAAAGAAUAUUCUCUUGUUCCAAGUUCCAUGGGUGAUAAUUCCUGUUUGUAUUGUGAGCAUGCCGACCGUGGUGCUAACAAUGCAUGGACACUUGCCUUUUGAAGGAGUUCAAUACCACGGUUACCUGUUAAAGAGUUAUGGUAUAUAGACAAUUGUUACUUAAGUGAUAUAGUUAUCCAUAGUUUUUUACAGAAUGAUCUCUCUUUAAUUCAAUGAUGGUUAUGCUAAAUUGGAGUUGUUCAUGUGAUGAUGUGAGAAAUUACUGCUUAGCUACAUUUAUGAAAGUAAUAUAUCAAAAAUACAGUGAUCGUAGGAAUCAGAAGUCUUUUUACCUGCUUUAAAAAUUUAAAUGGAUUGCACCUGUCUGAACUGUACAAGAUAUAUUAAAGGAGACUUCCAUAAAUGUUGUAGCUUGGCUUCUAGCUUUCCUACUCAUAUUGGUUUACCUGUAUUACGUUAAAGUUGGGUGAAAGACCACUACAGAGCUUAUUAUUUUAAAGUGUAGUAAUAUAUUUGAACAUUUAUUUUGAUAGGAAAAUUUUAUCAGAAAGAUAAGUCAUCUUAAUUUGAAAGAAUUUCCUGUAUCAAAAACAAAAGCAAGCAAGCAACCAACCAAACAAAAAGCCCUACUUAAACUAAGUCAGUUUUAUCAGACCAAAUUUGAUGGAUUUUUUUUAAUUAAUUAAUUUUUUUUUUGCCUAUUUCUAAUGCUACAAGAAUGCUGUAAAGUGUCUUUUAAAGUGAUGUAGCCUGACAAGACAUUUUUGUCAGUGUUAAAAACUUAGGUAGUUUGUGCACUUAUUGGACCAUUGUGAAUUCUCUCUCAGUGUAAGUGCAUUUCUAAUAAAACUUCUUGAGUAAAACUCUUCUUUGUACUAUUACUAGUCAUGCAUCAUCAGUAAUUUUUAACAAUUCUUGUAGUAAGUAGAGGGUAUUACUAUAGUUAUUUGUGUGGCAUGAUAAUGCAUUAGGUAGUAUUAGUUGAUUGAUUAUUUUUCUUUUGCUUGUUUUGGGGAUUUUUGGUUGUGGU